UGCCACGUGAGGGGGGAGAGAGAGAUGGAUAAGCAAAAGCAACCACUGGUCACACUCCUGCAACUCCAACGGCAAGGAGGGCGAUUGGCUCUGAAGAAGAAGAGCUGUGCUCCAGAAACAAAAUGGCGACCCUUUCCGUCCCUCUCCAACACUGGACUUCCUCUCCCGCCGCUUUUACACCCAGGCUCAACCAUUCUGCUGCAUCCACUCUUAGUCACUAUCACUUUGGCUUAAUCAGAUGCUCUUGUGGUGUGAACCAUGGUCCCAAAUCUGCUCAAAGUUUGCCCAAUGUCUUCUUCAAGGAACUCGGGAGUGUAGCCUGUGGAAUUCUUGCUGUUUGGGCCGUCACUGCUGUUUCCCCUGUGAUUGCUGCAAACCAGAGGCUGCCACCAUUGUCAAAAGAUCCUAAUAGAUGCGAGCGUGCCUUUGUUGGCAACACCAUUGGGCAAGCAAACGGGGUGUAUGACGUACCGCUUGAUCUCCGACUUUGCGAUUACACCAAUGACAAAUCUAAUCUUAAGGGGAAGUCUUUGGCCGCAGCCCUCAUGUCGGAUGCUAAGUUUGAUGGCGCAGACAUGUCUGAAGUGGUGAUGUCCAAGGCAUAUGCAGUUGGAGCCAGUUUUAAGGGUACGGACUUCAGUAAUGCAGUUUUGGACCGUGUGAAUUUUGGGAAUGCCAAUAUGCAGGGAGCCGUGUUUAAGAAUACGGUGCUGUCGGGAUCCACCUUCAGUGGCGCUCAACUUCAAGAUGUUAACUUCGAAGACACCAUCAUAGGCUAUAUUGAUCUGCAGAAGCUGUGUGUGAACGACACUAUUAACGAAGAAGGAAGAGCUAACUUGGGGUGCCGGUAGUAGUGGGGAGGGAGCUCUCCCAUGCCAUGCCAUGCCAGCAAGUGGCAAUCAACUUGUGUGUUUCAGUUUCAAGCUUGGGGUCAUGGGGAUCCCAGUUCCUUGGCUGUGUGAAGUCAGUCAGUCAGUCAGUGCUACUUCAGUUUGUUGUUAAUUUAAACCUUGUACUCUGUUCUAUUGUGGGGGAAGAGCUCUGCGAUGAUUUCACUGAGCUCAGUCAAGUCAAUGCCACACAAGUAUGCGUUCUGAUCCAAUUAUUGCGAUUACUUUCAUAUACA